GGAAAACAAAGAUGGCGAAUUGAUGAAAUGUGAGCGUAUACUUCUCGUUCGGGUUUUUCGCUUGUUCUCGUUCCUUAGUCAUCAAAACCAGUCCAUUCUCAUUUCUAUACACUGUUUAAGAUUUCAGUACUAUUAUAUUUUGUACAUACGAACAUUUUACUUCAAUCCUUGCCGAUUUAUUGAGACUGUUUCGAGAAUCCUAAAGUUUACAUCCAGUAUAGUCGUGGUUUUGUGAGGCAUAAGCAUGUUUAGAAUACCUAAUUCCUUAAGAUUCUUUGGACGGAACAGUAAACAGAUCUACAGUUCAAAAGAAUGUAUAAAAUCAGGUUACAGCUUGACAACGGUCAGAAGAUUAUAUAAUUGUGGUUCAAGAGAUAGUAGACCAGUUUUUGCAGCUGUCAUAAGUCUUUACAACUCAAGGCAAAGUACUCCAGAAAUUCCAUAUCACUGCCAUGAAAGAAAUUGCAGAAGGGUUUAUUCCUCAACUAGUGGAGGCAAAGACCAGAGUGACAAAGGAUCAGGAAGUCAAUGGAGUUGCCCAAAAUGUGGAAAUCCAUGUACUACUGUGGAACCAUCAACUCGUUUUGUUCAGUGUGACAAGUGUAAUCACUUCUUCUUAAUCUUAUCGGAAUCAGAUUCGAAGAGAUAUAUUCAUGUUAAAUAUGAUAAAGCUACUGGAAAUGAAGCAGACAAACAAAGCAAAGCUGUACAAGCCCCCCCUCCACCCCCCAGAAAGAUAUUUGAAUACUUGAACAAGUAUGUAAUCUGUCAAAGUUAUGCCAAGAAAGUACUGUCAGUAGCUGUAUAUAAUCACUACAAGAGACUCUCGGUAAACUUGCCACAGGCCCAGCAAUCUUCAGCGCCAACAGAAGUUAAACCAGUUCCUCUUCAAAGACCAUUUCCCGGCUCUCCACAAGAACUGCAGAUGCUCAUGACUCAGACAUCAAACCUCAAUUCUCCUCUAGGAGCGAGUGGUGUCCAUUCACCAAGUCAGCUAAAAGAACAGGCAGGAAGUGACAUCUUGGACUCAGAUGUGGACAAGAUUCAGCUGGACAAGAGUAACAUCUUGCUCUUAGGACCCACAGGCUCUGGUAAAACUUUGCUUGCACAAACUAUAGCUCGAUGUUUGGAUGUCCCCUUUGCAAUCUGUGACUGUACUGCUCUGACACAAGCUGGAUAUGUGGGUGAAGACAUUGAAUCUGUUAUUGCCAAGCUCCUUCAGGAGGCUGGUAACAGUGUGGAAAGAGCACAGCAAGGAAUUGUGUUCUUGGAUGAAGUGGAUAAAAUCAGUUGUGUACCAGGCGUGCAUAAUCUUCGAGAUGUUGGUGGUGAAGGUGUGCAGCAGGGCUUGUUGAAGAUCCUUGAAGGGACCGUAGUAAAUGUCCCAGAGAGGAACUCACGGAAGAUGCGAGGGGACAGUGUAGCUGUGGAUACCACUAACAUAUUGUUUGUAGCUUCUGGAGCAUUUAAUGGACUGGAUCGAAUCAUUAAGAAGAGAAAUCAGGAAAAGGUGAUCGGGUUUGGAGCACCCACCAGUGAUCGAGGUUCUAAAGAAAAAGAGCUUGAUAUCUUCAAGAACUCCCAGCCUGAUGUUAGAGAUGAUAACGCCGAGCGAGACAAGUUGCUCAGUAAGGUGGAGGCACGUGAUCUGGUUGACUUCGGGAUGAUACCCGAGUUUGUGGGUCGACUUCCUGUGGUUGUCAGUUUACACUCUUUGGAUGAGGAGUCGCUCGUGAAGAUACUGACUGAACCUAGAAACGCUCUGGUUCCACAAUACCAAGCACUAUUUAGCAUGGACAAGGUGGAACUUAACCUCAGUCCUGAUGCCUUGAGGUUCAUUGCCAAGAAGGCUUUGGAAAAGAAGACGGGAGCUCGUGGUUUGAGAGCCAUACUGGAAAAUUUACUGCUAGAUCCCAUGUUUGAUACACCUGGUUCCAACAUCCGGACAGUUUAUAUAGAUGAACACGUGGUCGAUGGGAGCAAAAAAGCUGAAUACGUCUUGGCCCCUGAAGAAGAGGCCCCUAGUGCUGACGCGAAUGAGGACCCAGAAGAAAUCUAUGCGGGGGACGUCAGUUCACGGGCAUAGAAAUAAAAAAAUAAACAUUGAACAUGACUGUAUGGACCAUCAACAGUGGACUUCCUAGAUUAUUGCACUCUUCAUUCUUCCGACAGGAAAAUGUUUAUAACGCUUUAAUAAAUUUUCAACGAAAAACGAAGACUUCGGAAAAACGCCCGAUACUAAGAAAACUUGUGCUUUGGAAACUUGUUUCUGAAGGGUCUAGCACAUCAUAUUUACUGCUUGGAAAACUUUUGUCUUAGUUUUCUUAUUCUUAUAUCUGUUUUUAAUAUGGUGUUGCUUGUCUAAGGUUAUGGCUGUCAUUUUUUUUUUCUUUUUGCAUGAGAUCGUAAAAUCUCUGUUUUAAUAAUCAUGUUAUCUUUUGUAUUCAAUAAGAGAAUCUCUUUUUACUGUAUAAAAUCUCGUGAUUUCUUAGCUGAAUGUAAAAUAUCUCACUACUAUUUGUCCUGUAUUAAAUUCUAUUUGACCGUAAACCAAUUUUCCCUGUG